GCUGCGGCAGCAGCCUGGGAAAAAAAGUGGGGGGGAAGAGCGAGAUUGAGACGGAGAAACCAGUGAGGCGGCGGGGGAGGGGUGCGUGAGUGUCACCGGAGUACCACAGCCACCGGAAAGAGGAGGAGGCGCACGGAAAGCCGCCGCAAUGCCUAAUAAAAACAAGAAAGAUAAAGAACCUCCAAAAGCUGGUAAAAGUGUAAAAAGUGGAAAAGAAGGCCAAGAUAAUCCUGAGCAUGAAGUAUCUAACAAAAAGUCCAACAGCACUCCCCCUCCAGCUCAGGUAUCAAAAAUAAAGGUGCCCACUCCACAGGCUGUUGUUAAGAAAGAGAAGCGGCAGAGUUCCUCAAGAUUUAAUGUGAGCAAUAACAGAGAACUGCAGAAACUACUAGCUCUUAAAGAUGUGCCCCCAGCAGAACAAGAAAAGCUGUUUGUUCAGAAACUGCGCCAAUGCUGCGUUCUUUUUGACUUCGUUUCUGAUCCUCUAAGUGACCUGAAAUGGAAGGAAGUUAAACGAGCUGCACUAAGUGAGAUGGUAGAAUACAUCACACACAAUCGCAAUGUGAUAACGGAACCUAUUUAUCCUGAGGUAGUUCACAUGUUUGCUGUGAAUAUGUUUCGAACAUUGCCACCAUCCUCCAAUCCAACAGGGGCAGAAUUUGAUCCAGAAGAAGAUGAACCAACGUUAGAAGCAGCAUGGCCUCACCUGCAGCUUGUUUAUGAAUUUUUCCUCCGGUUUUUGGAGUCUCCAGAUUUUCAACCAAAUGUAGCAAAGAAAUACAUUGAUCAGAAAUUUGUGCUACAGCUGCUGGAACUCUUUGACAGUGAAGAUCCAAGAGAGAGAGAUUUUCUGAAAACAACACUUCACAGAAUCUACGGGAAAUUUUUAGGCCUCAGAGCUUAUAUAAGGAAACAGAUCAAUAAUAUAUUUUAUAGGUUUAUUUAUGAAACAGAACACCAUAAUGGCAUAGCAGAGCUAUUGGAAAUCCUUGGAAGUAUAAUCAAUGGAUUUGCAUUACCGUUGAAAGAAGAGCACAAAAUUUUCUUACUAAAGGUGUUAUUACCUUUACACAAAGUGAAGUCACUCAGUGUCCACCACCCACAGCUGGCAUAUUGCGUAGUACAGUUUUUAGAAAAAGACAGCACCUUGACUGAACCAGUGGUAAUGGCAUUGCUUAAAUACUGGCCGAAAACCCACAGUCCAAAGGAAGUCAUGUUUUUAAAUGAGCUGGAAGAAAUUUUAGAUGUCAUAGAGCCUUCAGAGUUUGUAAAAGUCAUGGAGCCUCUUUUCCGGCAGCUAGCCAAGUGUGUUUCAAGUCCGCACUUUCAGGUGGCAGAAAGAGCAUUGUAUUAUUGGAAUAAUGAGUAUAUCAUGAGUUUAAUCAGUGAUAAUGCAGCUAAGAUUUUGCCCAUUAUGUUCCCAUCCUUGUAUCGGAAUUCAAAGACACAUUGGAACAAGACAAUUCAUGGUUUGAUAUACAAUGCUCUGAAACUUUUUAUGGAGAUGAACCAAAAAUUAUUUGAUGACUGCACUCAACAGUUCAAGGCAGAAAAACAGAAGGAAAAACUAAAGCUGAAAGAACGAGAAGACGCGUGGGUUAAAAUUGAAAAUCUAGCCAAAUCUAAUCCCGAGUACCCUAUGUAUACUGACACCUCUGCUCUGAACAGUCCUGUUGCAAUGGAAACAGAUGGGCCCUUACUUGAAGACGUACAGAUGCUUAAAAAGACAGUAAAAGAAGAGGCUUCUCAGGCUCAUAAAGAUCUAAAGAAAGAACGGCCUCUUGUACGACGUAAAUCAGAAUUGCCUCAGGACAUCUAUACCAUGAAAGCCUUGGAAUCCCACUGCAGAGCUGAUGAAAUAAUAUCACACGAUGGGCAUUAGACUAUGACAAUAACAUCUUACUUUGUGGAUUCUUCUUCUUCUUUUUUUUUUUUCCCGGAAGCAGUUACACAGUAGAAAACUAUAACUUUUUUUGUGCCAUACCAAUCUGUUAAAAAACAAAAAAAAAAAACAGUGAAAGCUUUCUUCAACCCACUUCUGUAGGCAAUAACUAAACACAGUGUACAGCUCAAGAUUAGAUGUUCAAACAAUGGUGAUAUACCUGAUUCUGUAUGCAGAACAUUGGGUUGUUAUAUUAAAUAGCCACACAGCUGGCUGGAAAACAGGAGUACCAAUUGGAGAUGUACGUCAAGAAGUCUACCAUUGCUCAAAGUAAAGCACUGAUAGGAUUUACAGCAAAAUGACACCCAUGCAACUGUCAAAUUGGUGCUUAAAGAGAUCUGCUUAUUCGUUUUAACUACUAACCUUUCUUUGGUCUCUCUUUAAACGAGUGUCUGGUAUUCUUGCAGUUAGGGGAACAAAAUAGGCUUUACUUGCAUGUGCUAUUUAGAGUUCAAUGGGUAAUUUUUUGACAAUCCCAAAUAGGAUUUUUCUCAGUUAUGUAUAUUGUUUGCAUUGAAUGAGCUCAUAAAUUGUUGAAGUACUUUCUGUGUAUUGAAAGCCAUAUUUUUGUCACAUAGCAAAGUAUUACCGUUCCAUUAUACUAGAAGUGCACUAAGAUAGUGUAUUGCCCUGGGGUUAGUCAAAUAACUUCCAACAAAAAAAACCUAAAUGUUCAAAAAUUUGUUUUUCUUGAAAUAAAAUCCUGUUUCACUGCU